UUUGCUCAAGAGUCAUUCAACAUGGCGGCGAAAUGCAACAGUCCGUCGUUGUAGUUGAGAUUUAACACAUAGCCAAACCAAUUACCGACGAACAACCGGGUUAAUAGCUAUUUUAUAAGCGUAACUCGAAUUUAAGUUUGCGUUAUUGUUUGUGUUUUAACGGCCGGUAGUAGAGAAAAAUGAGUUACACUACGAAGGUAGUGCAGGUGACGAACGUGUCGCCGAGCACAACAUCGGAGCAGAUGAGGACGCUGUUCGGCUUCUUAGGAACCAUCGAAGAGCUGAAGUUAUUUCCUCCAGACGAUUCCCAGAUGCCAGUGACGUCCCGGGUGUGCUUUGUUAAGUUCCACGAGCCAGAGUCUGUUGGAGUUUCUCAACAUCUGACCAACACUGUGUUUGUGGACAGAGCAUUGAUCGUGGUCCCGUUUGCCGAAGGCUCCAUUCCAGAUGAGGCUAAAGCUUUGUCACUGAUGGCGCCAGCAAAUGCUGUGGCAGGAAUUUUGCCUGGUGGAGGUCUUCUUCCAACACCCAACCCAAUCCAAAAUGCACAUAUGGGAGGGAACCCAUUUGGUCCAAACUUGGAUGCAAUGGCUGCAUUUGGCUUUCAUGGAACCAACUUGAAUCCUCAGGCUGCUGAUCAGCUAUUAAAGUUCAUGACUGAUCCAAAGCUGAAUCCACUGGCGGCAAGCUUAAACUUCAAUCCAGGCCUGAAGUCUGAUUCCUCUAAUAAGGAAAUUGAAGAGGCCAUGAAGAGAGUCAGAGAAGCUCAGUCACUCAUUUCUGCCGCGAUUGAACCUGGAAAUAAGGAGAGCAAAAAGAAACACUCUCGUUCCCGUUCGAGGUCCAGAAGAAGGUGGUCCAGAUCCCGCUCAAGACACAGGCGAAGCAGGUCCAGGCGGCGAUCCAAGUCUAGAAGCAGGAAGCGCUCCAAAAGCCCACGCAAAAAACACACCGACUCCAGAGACCGAAGCAGGCGAUCACAAAGCAGAUCCAGAGAUAGAAAGAGAGAGGACACUGGGAGAAGAAGAUCCAAAACGCCACCCAAGAGCUACAGCACAGCCAGGAGGUCGCACAGCGUGAGCCGGAGACACAGGAGAAGUCGCAGCAACAGCAGAUCGCCCAAGAAGUCCCCUAAAAAGAGAAGCUCCGUUUCUCCAUCUGCUCGAAGACACAAGAAGGAGAAGAAAAGGGACAAGGAGCGGGACAGGGACCGCAGGAGUGAUAAAGAGCGCGGCCGGGAAGAACAUGAACGCUCCACUAGCAAGAAAAAGAAAAGUAAAGACAAAGACAAAGAGAAAGAGAAGGAGAAAGAGAAAGAGUGGGACAGGAAGUCAGAUGGUGAUAAAGGAGAUGUUAAGAUCACCAGAAACUAUGACGAAGAAGAACAAGGUUAUGACAGCGGGAAGGAGCGUGAGGACAGGAAGGACUCGGACGACUCUGCUUUGUCUCCUCACUCGCGCGACGACAGCACAGCACGUCGCGCUAAGCAGACCAAAGUUAACGGCGCCGACGAUCAUCGCGAAGAGGACAUGGACGUCAGCGACUAAGACGUCUGUCCUGUUUUCUCCCCCGCGCGUUAACCCUCCACUUUGGCUGCGAAUGCAUUACAAAAAAAAACCCAACCAAACCUGUUUUUCUUACUGGGGUAAAUUUAAAAUGUGAAGAAUGUUUGCUGGACUGUAGGCGUCUUUCUCUGGCUUUGUCACAUUGCUUUAAAGAAACAGUGUGUUAGAAUUGGUGACAUCUGGUGGCGAUACUGUAAAUUGUAACAAAUGGAGGACUCACUCUUCCCUUUUCACACACACACACACACACACACACACACACACACACACACACACACACACACACACGUAACUGAACUACGGUGGCUUUUGCAUACCAGAAAGAAUGUCAUUCUUCUUUGUAUGUGGACUAUUCUGCUUCAGAACGUGAAACACACACACUCCAGCUGAUUUGCCUAUCAGGUCAGCAGUGGACACAUGGCUUUGUUAGAUGGUGGGUAAAGUAAAGAAAGGCUCUUGCCUGACAUACAUAUUAAAAGCUAAACAAUCCUUUUAUUAGCUUUUGUUUUAAAGCAAUUUAUUAUACAACAAAACGGCGUGUUUAUUAAAUUUCUCCCCCCUCCUAAACACACUGGACCUUUAAAGCAUUCAUGCGUGUUUUGCUUCUACUGAGUUGACUGUAAAACUGGAAGUAGGCUUGCUUCGCUUUCCUCGGUUUGUGAUUUCCUCUCUUCAUAUAUUAUUGUAUCCUUUCAUUUUUGUGGUGUGAUGCCCAGGCUUCUUUCCCCAUCAUUUUUUAUUUGGAAACAGUUAGUACAUUUGUUUCUUGUUCUUUAAAAGUGCUGAUGUUUUAUCAGGGAUUUCUUUUUUUUUUUUUAUAAUAAAGCCUAUUUGAAGAA